AUGCCCUUCGAACCAAAAGCCGCUGCCGAUUAUAUUAUCAAAUGGUUAAAUGAUUAUAAAACAAAGAAUCAUAUUCGAGGAUUUAUUGUUGGUAUUAGUGGUGGUAUUGAUUCAGCUGUUGUAUCAACAUUAUGUGCCAAAACAGGCAGUGAUACACUUGUAUUAGAAAUGCCUAUACAUCAAGAUUCCACUCAGGUUGAUCGUGGUCGUGAACACAUUGAAUGGUUACAAAAAUCACAUCAAAAUGUUCGUUCAUAUGAUGUUGAUUUAACAAAAGUUUUCGAUACGUUUGAAGCAACAGUGACGCCCAUAGAAAAGUCUGACAAAAAUGCUGAUAAUCAAAUGGCUUUAGCUAAUGUUCGUUCACGUUUACGAAUGGUUUGUUUGUAUUAUUUUGCCUCAUUGCAUGGAUAUGUUGUUGUUGGUACAGGAAAUAAAGUCGAAGAUUUCGGUGUUGGUUUUUUUACAAAAUAUGGUGAUGGUGGAGUAGAUAUUUCACCCAUUGCCGAUUUAAUGAAAUCUGAAGUUCGUGCAGUUGCGCGUGAAUUAGGUGUUUGUAGUUCAAUUAUUGCUGCUCCACCAACAGAUGGUUUAUUCGGUGAUUCACGUACAGAUGAAGAUCAAAUUGGUGCCACGUACGAUGAAUUAGAAUGGGCAAUGAAUCAUUUGGAUGAUAGAAAUAAUGCGAGUAAACAUUUAGAUGAGCGACAAAAACAAGUUAUCGAUAUUUAUAAUAAACGACAUUCAGCUAAUUUACAUAAAAUGAUCGAAAUACCAAGAUGUAUUUUAAAAGAACAAUUUCAAAAAUAA